AUGGACUCCAAAGCGGCCUUUGCAGAAAGGGCCAAGGCGGUAGGCGUGAGUGAAACUCAUGUGGCACCCUUGUCCGGAAAGCAACUGGACACGUUCGGAGCCUUUGCAUUCAUUUCUUCGUUCCAGCCAGGGGGAACCGAUGAAACACCGUUUGUUCGUGCUUUAGGAGCUGCGUUGCAAGUGAAUCCAACUGCCUUUACUGAAGCCGAGUUGUCAUCAUUCAGGCGCUUGUAUUAUGAGGCACACACGUUAGCCAUGGGAGACUUGAGGUCUCGCCUUGAACGCAAAGACGGUGAGGCCCCACGCAAGAUUCCUAUGGCAGAGCGAUCCCAGCUUUUGGACCUUCUCAAACAGGAAUUGCCAGGAAUCACAAUCGAUCUUCAGCUCGAGCCUGCACAUAAACUCGUAGACAUGGUAAAGCAACAAGUUGAGGACAAUUGCAUUCGCUUCCUUCCUUUGAAAGAAUGUUUGAUGCAAGACAAGAUCAUCAGUGGGUGGUUUGCUCUCCUGACAAAGGAACCCGCUUCAGGAUAUCGCGCGGUGACAUUGCAACAACUGGUGCAGGCAGAUCAGGAACUAUGGUUGCAUGCUGCGCAAGAAGUUCGGGGCAAGAAUUUGUUGGCUACUCCCAAACCUUUGGAUCAAGCUCUGACCCAGUUGCAGCAGAGUGCCGAGAUUCGUUAUCAUUUGUUGCCGUUGCCAGCGUCACAGAAAGAGCCAAAAGAUCCCCCCAGAAAGCGUUUGAAACAGGAUUCGAAAGGCGACAAGGGGGGGAAGAAGGGUCUUGGCAAGGGCAGUGUCAGUCUGCCGAAAGAUUGCGUCGCGACAACACCGGCAGGAGCUCGAAUUUGCUUUCAAUACAAUCGAGAUAGAUGCAAUCGACAGAACGCAGACAAGACACGCCGCCCCACCGUGCGGUACCUCAUCCCGGGCCAGGGACAAGCCUUUGCCUCAGGAGAUGCGACAUGUGCAUGCACCGCCUCUGCGAUCCGAGGCUCAGUUUUUGUUGAUGCCGCAUUGACGGCCAAGCACCCGAUUGACUAUGCGUUCCCAUUGCCUGACGCCUUGCUAGAGGCGGUUGCAAAGUUGAUCUCAGAUGGACCCAAGCUCACCAUCGCAAGACGAAAGCUGGCAUUGAAGAAGGCGAAACAACAACCAUUGUUGGAAGUGCUGCCCGACAUCCCAGACCUCCAAACCAGUUGGUUGCUCCUUUUGUACUGCCCGUCGCCCCGAGUCCAUUACGCCCUGCGCGGGAUUUGCCCUGACCUCACCAAGCAUUUUGCCACAGAACGCGACAACGCAGUGCACACAUGUUUAAGGCGGUUGCUGCAACAGCCCAACGAACUGCCCCGGCCAGCCAUCGACACCGCAGCAGCCCACUGGGCCUCAUGGCAGGACCCCACGCCCAUCCUCCGCCAGAAAAUGCCACAGGUUUUUGACACGAUCCAACAGCAGAUCGAGAACCCAGAGCUACCAUCCCUCCAAUGCCUGCAACACGUCACGGCUUUUCUCACAAGCCUGGGGCUAGACGCCCCGCCCUGCACCCAAUGCCAGCCAGCACCACCGGCUCCAACAUCACCCCAUGACCACGCAGACACCCUCCGAGGAUGGCAACGACACGCCUCCCACAUCACCGACACAGCUCUCAAGCAGGAACACAUCGCCCAUUUUACAGCUCCCUCACAACAUCUUUUGGAAUCCCAGUGCGGGCCAUUGGCGGCAAGAAUUUUCACCCUGUUCCCUGUCUCCCAUGAGCUCGUCUUGGAUUCGUCUCACUUCCGCCUUCUGCUCCUCCAGCGUCUUCGACUGCCCUGCCCUUCAUGCCAGCGCGCUGCCGAUGUCAACAGCAACGACGCGCCGAUGGCUUGGAACGGUGAAAAGUUCACGGCCAUUGAAGGUCCAGGUGUGGUGUGGGUCGCCAGGGACAAGUACGGCGAUCGCCAUGUGAAUUGGGUCAGGCUACAGGUGGUGGGCAGUAGUGAGACCAUCCUUUUCGCCAACACGCAUGGGCCCUUGGAUCAGUGCGGCGGCAAACCCGGCGGUACUGUUGCCACGAAUUAUAUUAAUGCUGUGAACCAGCACAAGAAGACUAAAGAUGUGGUGAUUUUUACUGGUGACUUCAACUGCGGCAGCAACCAGGACACCAUCAAACAGCUGUCUGAGGCCUAUCAGCUGGAUGCCACAGACACCUCCUACAAUGGGGCUGACCACAUUUUCAGCAGCUCUGGAUUUUCCGUCCUUUGGAAGGGUGCGAGUGAUGGCUCGCCUUCGGAUCACCAGCUGCUGAAGGCUGUGCUGCAGUCGGGCUCCCACUCGAGGUGCCCAGUGCCACCGGACAAUGGGGGUUGCUGCCUCACCUGUCGCUUCAACCACUACUGCCCCAGCAACAAGGGAUGCUACGCGAGCGGCCAAAGUGGCUGCAGCGGAGGCUACUGCCCCGCCCCUCCAGAGGUGGAGAUCGUCGUAUAA